CAGUUUUAUUUUUAUGAUAAGACAGUGACAUAAAAGAUUAAUAACAGUCAAACAAUUUCUAAAUUAAGUUUUAGCAUGAUAAAAUCGAAAUAAUUUGGCAUGGGAUCAUUUACAAGUAAAGAUACUAGACGCAUUAGUUUUGAUAAUACAUUUGAAUUAAAUUCCGCUUUAGCUAUUCAUAAUUCUAUUCAAAACGAAAAUGUUAUGGGAUUAGAAAGGUUGCAGCCGGAUGUUGGUGAUGAAAUUAUUUUCAAGGGAAUUAAUAAGAAUUUGAAAGAAGAAUCUAAUGCAGAAGAUGACAUAAGUUACUGGUCUCGUAGAAUUGAAAAUCUUAAAAGGGAACAUCAAAUAAUUAAUCAAAUUGUCGAAGCAGAGUAUGAUGAAAAAAUUAAAAGUGCAAAUCAGAUUUUCCAGCCUCCUGAAAUAACUCACAAAAAGAUUCAAAAAAUUAAACCAUGUUUUGAUUGGAGAGCUAAGGCCCCAGAUAUCAACGACUUCACAAUAGUGAAGCCGAUAAGUCGUGGUGCUUUUGGAAAAGUAUUUCUUGCCCACAAAAAGAACAACCCGGAGCUAAUGUAUGCCAUCAAAGUUAUGAAAAAAUCAGAUAUGAUAAAUAAGAACAUGGUAACUCAAGUGGUGACAGAGCGUAAUGCUCUAGCAUUAUCGAGGAGUCCUUUCUGUGUCCAUUUAUAUUACUCCCUGCAGUCUACUUCAUCUGUUUAUUUGGUAAUGGAAUACAUGGUUGGUGGUGACUUGAAGUCUCUGCUGGGUGUGUAUGGAUUCCUUGAAGAAUCAAUGGCUGUUUUUUAUGUAGCCGAGGUCACAUUGGCUCUAGACUACUUGCACAAACAUAAUAUAGUGCACAGGGAUCUCAAGCCAGACAAUAUGCUAAUUUCAAAAACUGGACAUGUAAAGCUGACAGAUUUCGGAUUAUCUAAAAUUGAGAUACAUAGAGAUUUGGAGAUAUCUGACUUUGUCAACUGUACACCUAGUUUGAAUAUGAGGACACCUGGUCAACUAUUAUCACUAACUUCACAUUUGUCAUUUGGCUCAGGCGGUGGAGAUAGCAUGCAAAAUUCUGCAGUUUCAACCGAUACUUCUAAAUUGAGGGGUUUAUUUGGUGGCCCACAUGCUUCAGAAAAUUCACCAAUACUCGAUCACUCACAGUUGUCUGGAAUUCAUCCAUUUAUGAGUGCCGAAAGCAUUAAUUUAGAUGAUAAUACUCACGACUCAGGCUCAGAUUCUGUCAGUUCAUAUCACACAUGUGAAAGCUCAAAGAAUUCUAGGAGCAGCAAGUCAACAGAUAUGAGCAAUAACACUGGUUCCUCUGUGGCAGAGUCUGCAGCCUUUUCGGAUUCUCAACAUGAUCAGUCCACUUCGCCAUUAUGUAGGGGACAGUCUCUGAAAAGGAUUCCUAGUUUCAGAGCUAAGAAGAGAAAGCGAAUUUUAGAUUGCGAUGGUGACACGCCCACUGGUGUGGCCAGCCUUCUAGAAUCAAAAGUCAACCACAGUGGACUCACGCAGGAAAUAAUGGCGUUAGAGCUCAGUCAAAACACGCCAAAACGCAUGUCCAUUCACCCAACACCAGAUCGACGCAAAAAUCCAUUAAAAGGUGUCUUGAAAAAGAGAUGGGUUUCACAGAACGACAGUCAUCAUUUUAAUGUUGGAGUAAUUUUCUCAACACCAGUGUCGAAUAAUAAAUCGCAAGAAUCCAAGAAGAGGCUAAAAGAGACUAGAUUUAACCUUCCCAAAGAUGAUGUACCAGUUUCAAGCAUUCAAGAAAAAUCAAUAGUUUUUAGCAAGCAUAUUUCAAAUAGCUUAGAAAUAUUCCCAACUAGACGAUUGAGCAAAGGUGAAGGCAGCAGAUCCCCUACAGAACUAUGUAAAACCCCAUUAGCCACAGCACACACACCAUACAGAACUCCUAAAAGUGUCAGGAGAGGGAACCAGGUAUCGGAUCAGAGAAUUUUGGGUACUCCAGAUUAUUUAGCACCUGAAUUACUACUAAAACAAGGUCACGGCCCUCCCGUGGAUUGGUGGGCUCUGGGCGUAUGUCUCUACGAAUUCAUGACUGGCGUGCCGCCUUUCAACGAUGAGACACCUCAUGCAGUCUUCAACAACAUACUAUCACGAAAUAUCGAAUGGCCUGAAGACGACGAAGCCCUCUCGACAGAAGCUGUCAGCGCCAUAGAAGCAUUACUAACUAUGGAACCGCAGGAGAGGCCGGCGGCGGCACAAGUUAGAAACAUGCCCUUGUUCCGAAACAUAGACUGGGACAAUCAGCUAAGUGUCCAACCACCUUUUGUGCCUACUCCAGAUGACUUGCACGAUACAGGAUAUUUCCAAGCUCGCAACAUUUUGCAACAACUGCAAGUAUCCAAUUUCGACAUAUAGAUCCCUUAUCGCGGUGUAUAUGUCUCUCAAAUACUUAUAUUAUAUGAACAUUUAAUUUUGGGGACUCGCCGCGCUACGACGGAACAAGGAUUUCAUCGUGUAUCGUCAGGCUAUGUUGUACGUAAUUUAAUUAAAAUAAAUCAUUAUAACACCUUAUUAUUACCCAAAUAAGUACCUUUCUGCGCAUUAUCAACGAAAGUGGAUGCUAUAUUUACUUGUGGGGUUACUUUAAACAAGCCAGCACUUAUAAACUUGUGAGAUGAUUAUUUAACGUAUGAUACAACUACUAUAAUAUGGCUAGCUUUAAGUGAAGCUAGCCUCCCAGCUUAGGUGUAUCUCUUGCGGAGGCUUCUAAGCUCCCAUUAGUUGAGGGCUGGUAUCUAUGGAUCACUAUGGUUGUGUCAGUUAGGCAAUUUUUCCCAAAGUAACCCAAAUCCGAAUCUCAUGCGCUGAAGUAG